GCAUUGCUGGCUUUGGGCAUCAGUCAGUCUGCAAGAACGCCUGACCCUAGUCAUCCGUAUGGUUUCACAAACAUGCGCUAUAUUGCCUCCCUGAUUAGUGGGGUGGGCAUUUUCAUGAUGGGUGCAGGACUUUCUUGGUAUCAUGGGAUCAUAGGUUUGCUCCACCCUCAUCCUAUAGAAUCUCUUCUCUGGGCAUACUGCAUUUUAGCAGGGUCAUUGGUAUCUGAAGGAGCUACCCUUCUUGUUGCUAUAAAUGAAAUUCGCAGGAGUGCUCGAGCCAAGGGUCUGUCAUUUUAUCAAUAUGUCGUGCAGAGUCGUGAUCCUAGUACAAACGUGGUGUUACUGGAGGAUGCUGCAGCAGUUCUGAGUGUGGCUGUAGCUGCUACCUGUAUGGGUCUGACUUCUUUAACAGGAAACCCUUAUUAUGACAGUGUGGGGUCUCUAGGUGUUGGAACUUUGUUAGGAACUGUUUCAGCAUUUCUAAUCUACACUAACACUGAAGCCUUGCUGGGACGAUCCAUUCAACCUGAACAACUGCAGCGACUCACUGAGUUACUGGAAAGUGAUCCUGUAGUGAGAGCAAUUCAUGAUGUUAAAGCCACAGACAUGGGAAUGAGCAAAGUGAGAUUCAAGGCAGAAGUAGACUUUGAUGGACGGGUUGUUACUCGUUCUUACCUGGAAAAACAAGACAUUGAACAGCUGCUACAAGAAAUUCAACAAGUGAAAACCCUUGAAGAAUUAGAAGCCUUCAUGCUUAAGCAUGGUGAGAAUAUCAUUGACACACUGGGAGCUGAAGUAGACAGACUUGAGAAGGACCUGAAGCAACGAAAUCCUGAUGUUCGUCAUGUGGAUUUGGAGAUACUAUAGACUUGGCAGAAGAAAUCUUCAGGUUGCUACCAUUUUGGAAAGAAGUCAUGUAAAGGGCUGAAAAGCUUCUGAAAUUGCAGUGACCUCAGCAUCAUACCUCGCUUACUUUUGCUGUAGGCUUCGUGGACUGUUAGCACUGCUUCUGUUUCUGGAGGAGCACUAGACUUGCAGACAAAAAUUUCCAUGGCAAAAUCAAUUUUAAAAAGCUACUUGACUUAAAUUUCACAGGAGAGUCUGUCAGAAUACAUUUACUGCAAUUCAGAACUUAAGACUUGAGGUGUAGUUAGGCAACUAUAGCUGCCUGAAAAUGUAUGACACACUUAGUUUUUCCAUUUGUGUCCCUUUGCAGUCAGUUUGCACUUCUUUAGUUUCUUUCAAGAUAUCAUUAAAGGUUCUUGGGAGAUAUUAAGAUUAGCUAGGAAGAGUUUGUUCCAGUGGAACCUGCCAACCUUAAACUAAUUGUAAUAUUUCAACUGUGUAAUUGUUUCACAGUUUUUCUUUUCUAU